AUGGCGUCGUCCAAGCUGCAGCUGCCGGCUGACGACAGCGUCCUCCUGCUCGUCACCCACUCCAAUCUCUCCACCUUCGCUGCGGACAUCCGCGUCUCGCAACAGACCACCGUCGAGGCGCUCAAGGACAAGCUCUGGCGCAAGACCGGCACCGCCGUCGCCUCCAUGCGUCUCCAGCUCCGCGACGACACCGGCGCCAAGAUCGCCGACCUCGAUGACGACGCUGCGCCCCUCGCGGCCUACGCCCCCUACAACGGCUACCGGAUCCAUGUUGUUGAUCUCGAUCCUUCCUCACUCACCUCGGGUGGCUGGUUGGAAGACACUUCCCUUGUCGACAAGUACAAAAUGUCCGAUGAAGCAUACGAUAAGCUCGACACUAACUUUCGAAAAUUCAAAGAAAAGAUGGUCCCGAAAAACUCUCCGUCAGAGGAUAAAGAACAAUCAGAAAAGCAUAUGGAGGAACUAUGCUCCAAGAUCAAGGUGGGAGAUAGAUGUGAAGUCGAGCCUGGUGCCAAGAGGGGCACUGUAAAAUUUGUUGGUAGAGCUGAAGCACUUGGACGUGGAUUCUGGGUUGGAGUGCAAUAUGAUGAGCCACUGGGAAAGCAUGAUGGCAUGGUGAAAGGCAUUCGCUUCUUUGAGUGCCCUCAAGGUCAUGGGGCAAUUGUGAGGCCAGAGAAAGUAAAGGUUGGCGACUUCCCGGAGAGAGACCCAUUUGAAGACGAUGACGAGAUAUAG